CCAGCGCUGCAAUCUGCGCCUCGGCAUGCUCUUGCAGUAGUGUGUGAGCCCUGGGCCCAGCUCUGCACGCAUGGUGACAGUUAACGCCUGGGCUCGUGCUCCCAGCUCCGCACAGCCCCGGGGCUGCCUCCUGCUGGGAUGCUCUGAUUGGCUGGGCAGGAGCCGGGGCUGGCGCGAGCUCGCUGCUUCCCGGCUCCAGGUUCCUUGUAGUUGUCGCUAGAGGGCAACGAGGGUGCAUGGAAAGGGAGCAGCAACUAACGUGUGUGCACGGUGUGAUUCCUCGGGCCUUCUCUCCAGUUUCCUGCCAUGGCUGAUACUAUCUUUGGCAACGGCAGUGAUCAGUGGGUGUGUCCCAAUGACCGGCAGCUGGCGCUGAGAGCCAAGCUCCAAACUGGCUGGUCGGUGCACACAAACCAGACUGACAAGCAGAGGAAAACGCAGGUGCUGAACCCGAAGGAGCUGGAGGUCAUCCUGGAGGUCAUCCGCAGGGCAGAGAAGCUGGACCUUGUUGAACAGCAGCGAAUCGGGCGCCUGGUGGAGCGGCUGGAAAACAUGAGGAAGAACGUGAUGGGGAACGGGCUGUCUCAGUGCUUACUCUGUGGCGAGCUGCUGGGGCUGCUGGGGACCACAUCAGUCUUCUGUCAGGACUGCAAAAAGAAAGUCUGCACCAAAUGUGGAAUUGAAAGUCUUGGGACCCAGAAACGCCCUUUGUGGCUGUGCAAAAUCUGCAGUGAACAAAGAGAGGUUUGGAAGAGGUCCGGCGCAUGGUUCUACAAAGGGCUGCCUAAGUACAUCAUGCCUUUGAAAACCACCAAAACCAACGAACUGCGCCUGCGGCCUCGACAAGCUGAGCCAGAUGUGCAAGAAAUGAAGGGCGUCGGGACCAACCGCUCCUACACCUGGGCCAGAGGGAGAGUGGUUUCUAGUGACAGCGAGAGUGACUCAGAAUUCAGCUCCUCUAGCCUGGAGGACAAGUCCUUGUCUGGGGGGUCCAAGGGCUUGAAGAUCAGGAAGCAUCAGGCAGAAUCAGUGGCUGGCAGCGACUCCUCCAGGACUCCCAGCGGGAGCACCCACUCCAACGCCUUCUCGGAGAGCCGCAGCAGCCUGGGCAGCGAGCGCAGGGGAGGCCCAAGUGCUACCGAGAGCUGCCAGAAUGACUUGCUGGCAGAGGAGUGCGACAGCGAUGCCAGCAGAAGUGCCCGCGGCAAACGACGCAUCCACCCGAGUCCCUGGUGCUGAUGGGAGUCAAUGUCUCACUGCUUCACCCGGAUCCAGCACGCUUGUCUGACACAUCCAGUCUUGAACUCUCCACACGGAUUGAGCGAACCCCAGCAUUCUGUGCCUUCUGAGUCGCCAUGAUUCCACGCAGACCUUAAUUUACUUGUCGUUGGCUGAAAAGAGAUAUUGCUGUCCACUCGGCGUAGUUUGUCCUGCUUUCGUUUUUGCCUUCUGCUUGCUGCAGAAGAAUGGGAAACGUUUGGGUUGGAGGGAUGCUCUUCUGAGUGAGGAAGGGAGCAAGUGACACCAUGGUAGCCAGCCAGCUGUGUUUUAGUAUUUCUACUGAGAUUCCUUUCCCGCCCCCUGUACAAUGGAGAGCCCAACACUUACCCACCUUGGUAAGGACAUCUCAGUGCAGCGUGGUGAGAGCACUAAACUAGGAUCAAGAUGCUUGUGUUGUAUUCCUGGGCCGCUGAGUGACCUUGAGCAAAUCACAUUGUGCAUCUCUGUGCCUGAGAUUCCUCGCCUGUAAAUGGUUUCUGUAAAAGAGUUCUGCAUGCUUUUUGUGAAGUGCUUUGAGAUCCACAGGUGAACAGCGCUACGUGAGAUUCACUCCCACACACAGGCCUGCACGUCACUGACCCCCAGGAAAGCCCUGGAAAUAGAGCAUGUGAGUGGCAUGUAGCUUUGUGCUGCUUCUCUGCACAGGGUGAAUUUUCCUAAGCAGCAAGGGUGAAAUCCUGGCUCUCUUGAAGUCAAUGAGAAUUUUGCUACCAACUUCUGCGGGGCCAGGUUUCCAUCCCGAGUAUUAUCAUCACGGUUAUUGCUGAGUUUAUUAUUGUUUUAAUUGGGGAUCCCCAUUAGCUGGUGUGAUGACAUUCCAUCCUCCUCCCUUCUAAGGGACCUUCUUAACAUGGCUGCCUGCUGGGGAUGGUUGUUUAUUUAGAGAGGAAGGGAGCCGUGGAAGAGGAUGGCUGGUGCGAUUCCUUUAAUCUGUCGCUGGUAGGAUGUUUCCUCUCCUUUCCGGUCUCUGGUGUGUUGAAGUCAGCAUUGUGAGCAGCCUCUCUCUGUGCUGCCAACUCUGUGUGUUUUACCUUUUAGUGGGAGACCUCUACUCAUGCCCUGAUGGCACCUGGAUGGCACUGGGCAGUCAGCUCGGCCAUGUGUUCUAAAAAGAAGGAUACUUUCCCUUGUGAAGGUGGAAGGAACCAGGUCUGUGUUUUCUCCUUGCUGUCCCCAGAUCUCAUGCAUCUCUCUGGCUGCAAUUUCUUACGUGCUAAUACUUGGGUCUUUGGCAUUGAUCUAAACUGGAGAGAGCUGCUAGUCUGGUGCCAUCCCCACGUCUUCUCUGAGCUAUGUACUCUUCCCCAAUGUCUGGCAGAUGCCUAGAGGCCAAGCCCAUGACUCCUAUAAAGUGAUCAAGCAUUUUAAGGCCUGAGCCAAAGCAUAGAGAUGAAUGGGAGUUCUUCAGUUGACUUCAGAGGGCUUUGUAUGAGGCACAUAUUCUGCGAAGGGAUCCAGAGACUCCAAAGAGUGCUGUCCAGGGACGACUGAUCACUUGAAAAGCAAUUCACUGCCACUAGUGAGUCACCUUCCCCUUUUUAAACUAGCCACUCUAAUCAGUUUAAGGAAUGUCUCCUCCCCCUUCCCGGCUCACUAAUUGAUUGUAGAAUUAUUAGAAAAUAUAUAUAUAUCAGUUUGUUUUGUAGGGUUGCUCCUGAGGAGCAGACUUGCAGAAAUUGGGGUAUUUAUAUGAGGUUGGGGUGGUGGGGGAAUAUUUGUU